GAGCGACGCGCCUUUUCCGUCCAGGCUUCCGUAGGAGGCCAGAAGCUAGCUUGCUUGGCGCCUGUGGGAGUUGGAAUAAAGAAGCUGACCGCGUGUUCACCGUCCAUCGCCGAAUUGUUUUUAGAGGACAGCAUGGGCAAGAAGCAGAAUACCAAGAGUAGGAAGGAUUCUCAGGGGGGGCAGGGCACACAAGAGGAACCUGAGGAAUUUGUGGUGGAAAAAGUUCUGGACCAGCGUAUUGUGAAUGGGAAGGUGGAGUUCUUCCUCAAGUGGAAAGGAUUUACAGAAGCUGACAACACCUGGGAACCAGAGGAGAACUUGGAUUGUCCGGAGCUCAUCAACGCUUUUCUCGAAGCCCAGAAGAACAUAAAGGAGAAGCCGGCUUCCCUGAAAAGAAAGGCGCCUGCAGACGAAACUGAGAUGGAUGCGAAGAAAAAAGAUGCCCCCGAGAAGCCCAGAGGCUUUGCGAGGAAACUCGAUCCAGAAAGAAUCAUCGGUGCAACAGACAGCAGUGGAGAGUUGAUGUUCUUGAUGAAAUGGAAAGACUCGGACGAAGCCGACCUCGUCCCGGCCCGCGAGGCCAACACCAAGUGCCCUCAAGUGGUCAUCGCCUUCUACGAGGAGAGGUUAACAUGGCACUCGUGUCCAGAGGAUGAAGCUCAGUAGUCGCUGCCUCCGGGCCGCUUCGCACCUCCUCAAACCACCCACGCCCCCUUUUUUCCUCAGGACUGACUCUCCUUCGUUGGCCCGGCCUUCUAGUUUUAGCUGUUGUAGGAUUUUUUUUUUUUUUUUUUUUUGGCGGGGAUUUUGUUUAGUCCAUCUUCAAAACGGAGCGUCAGAGAUUGCAAUUGUUCCGCACGAUCGAUAUGUUCGCAAAAGUGUGCCAUUUUUAAAGAUACGUGGUUGGCGGCAGUUGCCGCUUCCCCCGGCCUCAUCCCAGAGUUGCUUUUGGUUCCGCGUAACGUAUGGUGUCCGCUGCCGUUGCUUUCACCAUCUCGCCGCAAGUUUUGUCUGUCGUCAUUUUCCUUCUGUUGUUUUGUCACCGUAGUGUUGUUGUUGUUGUUUUUUUUUUUUUGUAUAUAUUGCUUCGACUCCAAUAAAGUUUUUUGACCAAA